CCUACAAGACUAGAAAUGGCUUGUUUUUUGUUGGUCAACAAGCAGCAAUAUAUAUCCUCCAAUGUUGCCAAGUGGUCACUUGAUUGUCCUACGUGGUUUCCCUAUCUUUCUAUAUAUAUACCACAGCCUCACCUUGUCCCAAAUCUCUUCACUUUCAUUCCAAUAACAAGUAUGGGAAAUUCCUGUAGACGUGGUUCAUCUUUGACGGUGUGGGCUGGGGACGAUUGGGGUUCGGUGGGUAAACAGAUCAAGAGACCUCAGAUUCAUAAUCCCAUCAUAGAAAGGCAGAAGCUGCUAGGCGAAGAGAUGAGAGGGUAUGGUUCUAGUUCAAGUUCUUCUACGAGGGAGGUGAAGAUCAAGAUUACAAAGAGGAAGCUGGAAGAGUUAAUGGCAAGAGUUGAGAUGCAGGGUUUGUCUAUGGAACAAGUUCUUGCUAGGUUGAUCAACUCAGUUGAUAAAUUUGAAAUAAUGGAGAUGGAGCAUCAUCAUCAUCUUCAUAGGUCUUGGAAGCCUGCCCUCCAAAGUAUUCCAGAGGUGAACUAGAACACAAUUUAUUGAUGUAUAUGUUUUUUGGAAGCAAUUUAUUGAUGUAUAUAUGAUCAAUUUGUUACUAGACUUUGCUAAUU